GACUCAUCAGGUCAAGCAAAAGUCCAACAGCCAUGCAAUUUCUUGAAUACCUCGGCGCUCUGUUCGCCGCUUCUCUCCUUUCGGGUGUGAACGCUCGUUUCACCAAGUUCGAGUCUUUUGACACCGCAUUUGACUUGGGAAACCAUCUUGGUUCCCGCAGUGUUUACCAUGAACCCAAGUUCGUCGGAAUGGACAACUCCUUCCCUGAAGGAUGCAGCAUUAAGCAAUUGCAUAUCCUCCAGCGUCACGGUUCCCGUAACCCCGAAGGCGGCUCCGGCACUGGUAUGGCUGGUGGCAUUGACGCCCUGCAAAACCGUCUUUUGAACGGUUCUAUUCCCGUUGACUACUCGAUUCCCGAGAACCCCUUUGCGUUCCUUAAGGACUGGGAGCCCGUGAUCAAGGUGGAGGAUGCUGACGCUCUCUCCAGCAGUGGCCGUGUCCAAUUGUUCGACAUGGGUCGUCAGGUGUACGAGCACUAUUCCGAGCUCUUCCAGGACGACUUGAAGUACACUGUGAACUGUGCUGCCCAGGACCGUGUCGUGGAGUCGGCUAACUGGUACUUGAUGGGUAUGUUUGGUCGCGAGUACGCUAACCGCACCAAUGUCCUCUACAUGGCCGAGGACGACUCCGCCGGCUUCAACUCUCUUUCCUCUUACUACGCCUGCCCCACUUACGAGACUUCGUCUCCUGACCCCGAAAUCGUCGAAAAGGUUCACGACACCUGGCGCGGCAUUUUCCUCAAAGCCCCCCGUGAGCGCUUGUCCGGCUUCUUGAAGGGCUACAACUUGACCGACAAGGAUGUCCGUAACCUUUUCUCCAUCUGCCAAUACGAAAUUGCCUUGAAGGACGAGAGUGAGUUCUGCAACCUCUUCACUCCCACCGAUGUUCUCAACUUUGAGUACGACAACGACUUGGACUUUGCCUACUGGGGUGGCCCGGCCGCCUCUUACGAGGGCAAGAUUUUGGGUGCUGCCUAUGUGAACAGUGUUGCCGAGCAAAUGCGCAAGCUCGCCAACGGCACCCUUACCGAAGACGACCAACAAGUCUUCUACGGCUUCACUCACGACGCCCAAAUUAUUCCCGUCGAAAACGCCCUUGGCUUCUUCCCUGAUAUCAACGCCAAUGGCCUUCCUGCUGACCGCAACCCCUUCUUCUACUCCCAAAAGACUUCCGACUUUGUUCCCUUCGCCGGUAACCUUUUGACCGAGGUCUUCCAAUGCUCUGACAACAAGUACUAUGUGCGUCACCUCGUCAACCAACAAGUCUUCCCUUUGACUGACUGCGGUUUCGGUCCCAGUGGCAGCUCCGACGGUCUCUGUGAGCUCGAGGCCUACCUGUCCUCCUCCGUCCGCUCCAACUACACUCUUAACGGCCGUAACUUGUACGUUGACUAUUGCAAGUCCAACGCUACUACUUUUAUUGCUGAGUUCUAAGCAGGCUUAACACUCUUUUAGACCAGCUUGCUAAUGAUUCCCACGGAACUGGUCGUCGCAAGUAUCGUCGGCCGGUAUUCGGAUGUUUUAUGCUUUCAGACAAACCGCUUCAAACUCUUUCCUUUCUUUAUAAAUUUUUUUGACCUACUUGUAAAACAAUAUAUGCAAUUUAAGCAAUUGAUCGCGUGAAGGAGCGAGAGAGAGAGAGAGAAGACAAG